GCGGUUUGCGCCAUCAGAUAUUGCAGUUCUUGGAUUUUCCCGUGACGUCGUUUUCUCGAAGAGGUGCAGAUUGGCGGCCGCGGGGUCGGCAUUUGACAGUUUUGCAUCUUCAACACUAAAUUUCACCUCAGCUCGAGUCUCUACCAACUUUGGCAGUAAUAUGGAAGUCUAUGUCUUGCUCAGCCCAGAGUGAUUUGUCGAAAGGUCGCACUAGAUGAUCUAACAGGGACAUCUUUGAUCCACCUUCGAAGACCUCUCUCGUCAGCAGCUUGCAGACCUGCAGUAACACCGAAACAUGUCUUCAAUAGCUCGGUCUGACCAUCACAUCGAGUACAUGCGACAAGCUCUCGAACUGGCACGAAAAUCACCUCCCAAACCUACGAAUUAUCGAGUUGGAGCGCUUCUGGUGGAUGCGAGCGCGGAUACGAUUCUCGCGAGUGGAUAUACUUUGGAAUGCGAGGGCAACACACAUGCGGAGCAAUCUUGUUUUAUCAAGUUGGCGGGAGAGCACGAGGUAGCUGAAGAGGAUUUGGCAUCUAUAUUACCGAAGCAGACGGUGCUUUAUACGACGGUUGAACCAUGCUUUAAGAGAUUGAGCGGGAAUUUACCGUGUGUGCAGAGGAUCUUGAGACUUGGGAAAGCUAUAAAGACCGUGUAUGUGGGAGUGAAAGAGCCAGAGAAGUUUGUGGGAGAGAAUACGGGGAGGAAACAAUUGGAAGAUGCUGGAAUAAAUGUGGUUCUUGUUGAAGGGAUGGAGAAGGAAAUAUUGGAGGUAGCUACCGCAGGCCAUGUUCGAGAUGGAUGAACGUCACUUGAGCCUCUUCUCGUGGAAGAGAGAUGAACAAUCAUGAGCUUUUGGGAAGCCUGACUUAGCCGAGCUCGAAAAGGGGGAGGCACUAAGAAGAACAGCAGCCUAUCCUCGUGCACCACAACAUAUGACGAUGAACUCAAGCCAGCUCUCUUCGCAACUCAGGAUGACUCUCUUCUCGAGAUUCCAAAGCUAGAUUAUCUCAUCUCGACCAAACACCCCUAACUUCUGGAAUCACGCCAGAUCCCAUCUCGAUCCGUGAACCUGGUCCAGGAAUCGUAUUCUCAAAACGGGAAACGAAAGAACCUCAGACGAGCUGAA